CUAAAAACUCAACUCAACAAGAUACAAACGUAUUAAUCUUUAGACUUUGUUCACAAGAGGACAUAUUUUUUGUUAAGCUUAUGCAAUAACAAUAUAAUGAAGGUCGUCAUUGAAGUUUUACUGUUGAUCAGUUUGUGCACAGCUUACAAACUGAAAGUAACAGAUAAUGUCAGUAAAGAUAGCGAAUUUAUCUUUUAUGAAUCAUUGAAGUCGGAAGCUAAUAUUAGAUUUAAGCGAGACACACAAACUGAUUACGAAAAUUCAAUAUGUGAGUGUAUGCCUUACUAUCAGUGUAAUUAUAAUGGCACCACAAAUGAAUAUGGUCAGGGCAUUAUUGAUAUUAGAAGUGGAAUAGUGGAUGCCUCCGAUAACCCAAUGUCAGCGAGAAGAAAAUGUGAUCAUUACUUGGAUGUAUGCUGUCUCCCUCCCGAAGUAUCAUCUGAUUAUAAAGAUAAGCAAAAUCAAACUAAUCAGGUUGAGCCUGGAAAACCAGAUAAUAAUAAAGAAGAUCAAGACUCUAAUAGUGAUAACAAUAAUAAAUCAAACAUUAUUGAUACACAGUGCGGGCUUCGUAAUUCAAAUGGUAUUAGUUUCAAAAUUAGUGGGAACCUUAACCAUGAAGCUAAUUUUGCGGAAUUUCCAUGGAUGGUUGCUGUCAUGCUGGAAGCUAAAAUUCAAGAAAAUGUUACAAAAGUUUAUCAAUGCGGCGGUUCCUUAAUAAAUAUGAGAGUAGUUUUAACUGCAGCUCACUGCGUUUUUGAAAAAUUGCCGAGCGAGCUUUUUGUUCGUGCUGGAGAAUGGGAUACACAAACUGCAAGCGAGCCUUUGCCACAUCAAAAUCGCGCCGUAUCCAUCGUGUCCGUGCAUCCAAAAUACGAUAAAGCCACUCUUCUCAACGAUUUUGCUUUACUUAUUCUUUCAAAGCCAUUUGACGCUGCUAGUAAUGUUAAAACCACUUGUCUACCCGAUUAUAACAUACAUUUCGAUGAAACAAAAUGUUUCGCUUCGGGAUGGGGCAAAAAUGAAUUUGGUGAAAGCGGUCGCUUUCAAGUCAUUCUUAAGGCUGUUGAAUUACCUACGAUCGCUCACGAUAGCUGCCAAAAUGCACUACGAACUACGCGACUUGGAAAGUAUUUUAAACUUCACCAGUCAUUCAUGUGCGCGGGUGGUGCAUCUGAUGCCGAUACUUGCACCGGCGAUGGCGGGAGUCCACUCGUUUGUCCUUUACUAGAUGAUCCAACUCGUUAUGUACAAGUUGGUAUCGUGGCAUGGGGCAUCGCUUGCGGCCAAUUAAAUAUUCCAGGUGUUUAUGCUAAUGUAGUUAUGGGUCGCCAAUGGAUAGAUUCCACCCUCGCAUCUUAUAAUAUCGAUAGCACCUCUUACUCAUUCGUUGCUGAUCAAAAAAGCUUCGACCCUGCAUCGUAGAAAGAUACGAUCGGCGACGAAUAAUUUAAUUAAAGAUAAAAUAACGUAAAUGUUUAAUAAUAUUAUCAAGGGAAUAGAAUGGCUUCUGUUUGUAUGAUAAUAAACUGACUGAAUUUUUUUUUUAUUCCAAUUCAAAUCGUGUUCAUAUUACAUGAUUUUAAAAAUAAAAGUGACAAAAAUACAACAGAUUUUAGUGCAAUUAGAGAAAGAGUGAGAGUAACUGAAUUUACUAUUUAAUA